UAAUACUAUUAUCAUAUCAAAAAUAUGCAUUGAAUUCCAUGCUCAUAUAAUUAAACUCCAAAAGACAAACGAUGAAAAUCCUGCAACCGAAUUGGGUUCAUCACGAUGAAAAAUCCAUUUUUUCCAUCGACGUCCACCCGAGUGGGGAAAAGUUCUCCACCGGCGGACAGGGCAACGAUUCCGGUCGAGUCGUCAUCUGGAACAUGGCCCCCGUAGUGGACGAGGAGGCCGAAAAGGAUCCCACCGUUCCGAAGAUCCUUUGCCAAAUGGACAACCACUUGGCAUGCGUGAAUUGCGUCCGGUGGAGCGGCAGCGGUACGAUGCUGGCUUCCUGUGCCGACGAUAAGCUGAUUAUGAUCUGGAAGAAAACGGCCGGCGGAGGAAGUGCGUUCGGCUCGGCAAAAACGGCCGAACAUUGGCGAUGCAUUGCGACGUUGCGAGGUCAUGCCGGGGACGUGCUGGAUCUGGCAUGGUCACCGCAGGAUCAGUAUAUCGCUAGUUGUAGCGUGGAUAAUACGGUUAUCAUUUGGGAUGCUAAAGAGUUUCCCCAUAUUGUGCAGGUGAUGAAGGGGCAUACUGGGUUGGUGAAAGGUGUGACAUGGGAUCCGGUUGGGAAGUUUAUUGCGUCCCAGAGUGAUGAUAAAACGCUUAAAAUUUGGAAGACGUCCAAUUUUUCGUUGUUUAAAACUAUUACCGAUCCUUUCGAGGAGUGCGGAGGAACGACGCACAUUUUGCGCCUGUCAUGGUCCCCUGAUGGUCAGUAUCUGGUGUCCGCCCAUGCAAUGAACGGAGGUGGGCCAACAGCGCAGAUAAUCGAGCGGGAUGGGUGGAAGUGUGACAAAGAUUUCGUUGGUCACCGGAAAGCGGUGACCUGCGUGAGGUUUCACGAUGCGAUAUUGAAGAGGAUGGCUCCAAAAACUAACAAAUCUCAGCAAUAUUGCUGUUUGGCGGUUGGAGCUAGGGACAAAAGCUUGUCGGUUUGGUUGACGGCUUUACAGCGACCGCUAGUAGUGGUCUAUGAUCUCUUCCAGGAUUCUAUUUUGGAUCUCAGCUGGAGUCACAAUGGAUAUAUUUUGCUGGCUUGUAGCAGUGACGGUCGUGUGGCUUGUCUGCAGUUUAGUGAAGAAGAACUGGGGAAGCCCCUUUCGGAGGAAGAUAAGAACAGUCUUUAUCAACGAAUGUACGGGAAGGAUAUUACGCUAGAUCUAUACACACAGUCGAACAAAGAUAUGAUUAUCGAGUAUCCGGAUUUGCUCAAUGCGACGCAAACGAAAUUGACUGUUCCGACGCUGAUUCCUCAAACGCCACAAAGCACAGCUGAGAAAUCAACUGAUAACGAUCAGACCAAAACUAUUUCACAGGCAAUAGCCAAGCCGUCGACAAGUAUGGAAGUCCAUCGACCGAUUGCGAAGCAAAUUGAGACAAAAACCGUGGACGGAAAGCGCAGAAUUACACCCGUUUUUAUACCAUUAACGGACGAUACUGAAACUCCGGCAGCCGGCAUUGGUCAGUUCUCCAGCAGUAGCGCUAGCAAGAGCAGUAUUAUAACGGUUGAGAAGAAAACCGAUUUGCCAAGUAGCGAAAGCAACGCUACUCCAUCGACGGUCAGCGCUGUAGAUAGUCUGGUAGAGCAAACCGUAAAACUAGACAUUCGGUUAAAGAAACGGUCGCCUCCACCGAAUCGAACCGACCGCCUUAAGGAUCUUCCGCGUCUGCCGUCGCCGGAAAAAAGCACGGAACCGAGCGCGAGCACAGGUCAGCAAACACCCGUCGUAUCGGGCAAAGUGACCGUCCUGACGGGAACGGUAACCAAAGCGUUCGGUGACUAUCGGAUACAGGUCGGAAAUGGUGCCAUCAAAACCGGAUACGGAGCGCUUUGCCGGGUGGUCGGCCAUCUGCUGAGCAUUCCACGUUCGGAUAAAAAAAUUUGGGAGUCCGUUAUCGGCUCACCGGUGGUUAGCCUUGCCCUGUCCAAGAAGUACGUUGUUUUCUGCAGCUUGGACGGCAGCAUUCGCUACCUCGAUAUUCGAACCGGCUCGCCGGUACUGCCGGUGCUCAGCUUAACUAGUCCAGUGGUGCAGUGUACCUUUAGUGCCAAUUGUAAACUGGCGGGCGUCCUGACGGAAAACUGUACGCUGCGAGUGUGGGAUAUGGAUGAGCAAAGCAUCUUUCUCAACGGUAGCUGUCGGGAUAUUAUGGGAACUAGCUUCGCGACGCUCCUUCACAUAUCGGACAAUGGUGUCCCAUUCAUAGUUCUUGCAAAUGGAUCGUCCUUUUCAUACAGUAAAAAGCUGGAAAGCUGGGUAAUCACCAAUUCGUCCGAUCCAGUAAUGCGACUCGGUUUGUUCUGCAGCAAACCCGGUCCAAUGGUGCGAAACAUUAAAUCCUUUCCGCUUACCACCAUCCAAUCGUUUGGUAACUUUCCUCCCACGAAUCUUAGGAAUUUUCUCAAUUGCCAGAACAACACCUGGGAGUUCACAGCUCAGGUGGCAUUCAUUGAAAAUCAAAUCAAAAUAGCGGAGAUGAUCAACUCCCCAACGGAACUUAAACAUUGGUACCUGAUGCUUGGCUUCCAUUUAGCGCAAAACGGAACCGAAGAUAAAGUGCGCCAAGUGUUGGAUCAACUGCUUGGAACCACUUUUCAGCUGCCCACCAGUGGGCCCGAAGCCAGCAUACUUGGAAUUCCGAAAGCGACUCUGCUGGAGGAGAUUCUCAAUCAGCUGAAAACGCAGUCACAGUGGCAGCGGAUCUAUAUGGAGUACAGCGAGCAGCUGAAGAUGCGCCAAAUGAAGGACGAGGAAACGGAGAGCAGUCCGACCGUAAGUUAGUAUGUGUCUCUAUGUGUAACUUUCGUGUUAAUAUCAACGUAACCGACUCGGGAUAUUUAUUGCGGCAUUUCCAAUGUCCAAUGUAUUGUGGUAUAACAUUAGGUGCGUCCAUUUUGCGGUCUAUAUUUCAGUUAUAGGCUCUUCUGAAAUUGUACCAAAACCAGUGACGAGUAGAGCGGAUAAGCUGUGCUAAAAUAUUUCUCUGAA